CAGAGAAUAAACAGAAUUCAGUUGAUAACAGACAAUUGUGAACAGCGUACUUUACAAAUAAAAGAAAAAACAGUGAAUUUUUGAGAAAAAGUGAUUAAUUUUUUUGUGAUAUAAAAAAAGUAGACUUUGGAAAAUAAUUUAAAAAGAAAAUAAGUGACGUCAUAUAAAUAAUAGUUUUUCUAUCUGUUCCGAAACAGUGAAAGAACACACACUUCAAAAACAUGCAAAUCUUCGUGAAGACUUUAACUGGCAAGACCAUCACCCUUGAGGUCGAACCUUCGGAUACGAUUGAAAAUGUCAAGGCUAAAAUUCAAGAUAAGGAGGGUAUUCCCCCAGAUCAACAACGUCUAAUUUUUGCCGGUAAACAAUUGGAAGACGGACGCACUUUGUCCGAUUAUAAUAUUCAAAAAGAGUCUACUCUCCACUUGGUUCUACGUUUGCGUGGUGGCAUGCAAAUCUUUGUUAAGACAUUGACUGGCAAAACCAUCACUUUGGAGGUUGAGCCUUCCGAUACUAUUGAAAAUGUUAAAGCUAAAAUUCAAGACAAGGAAGGAAUCCCACCAGAUCAACAACGUUUGAUUUUUGCUGGCAAACAAUUGGAAGACGGGCGCACAUUGUCUGAUUAUAAUAUACAAAAAGAAUCUACAUUGCAUUUGGUAUUACGUUUGCGUGGUGGCAUGCAAAUUUUCGUUAAAACAUUAACGGGUAAAACAAUUACAUUAGAGGUUGAACCUUCGGAUACUAUAGAAAAUGUUAAAGCUAAAAUCCAAGACAAAGAAGGUAUUCCCCCAGAUCAACAGCGUUUGAUUUUCGCUGGUAAGCAGUUGGAAGAUGGCCGCACUUUAUCCGACUACAACAUUCAAAAAGAAUCCACCCUUCACUUGGUAUUGCGUUUGCGUGGUGGUAUGCAAAUCUUCGUCAAAACUUUAACUGGCAAAACUAUUACCUUGGAAGUCGAACCUUCCGACACUAUUGAGAAUGUUAAAGCCAAGAUCCAAGAUAAGGAAGGUAUUCCCCCAGAUCAGCAACGUUUGAUCUUCGCCGGUAAGCAGUUGGAAGAUGGACGUACAUUGUCCGAUUACAACAUCCAGAAGGAAUCUACCCUCCAUUUAGUAUUGCGUCUCCGCGGUGGUAUGCAGAUCUUUGUGAAAACCUUGACCGGCAAAACCAUUACCUUAGAAGUCGAACCUUCCGACACUAUUGAAAACGUCAAGGCUAAAAUCCAAGAUAAGGAAGGUAUUCCCCCAGAUCAGCAACGUUUGAUUUUCGCCGGUAAACAGUUGGAAGAUGGACGUACAUUGUCCGAUUACAACAUCCAAAAGGAGUCCACUCUUCACUUGGUAUUGCGUCUCCGUGGUGGUAUGCAGAUCUUCGUGAAAACUUUGACCGGCAAAACCAUCACCUUGGAAGUCGAACCUUCCGACACCAUCGAAAACGUCAAGGCUAAAAUCCAAGAUAAGGAAGGUAUUCCCCCAGAUCAGCAACGUUUAAUCUUCGCCGGUAAACAAUUGGAAGAUGGUCGCACCCUUUCGGACUACAACAUCCAAAAGGAAUCUACUCUCCACUUAGUUUUGCGUUUGCGUGGUGGUAUGCAGAUCUUUGUGAAAACUUUGACCGGCAAAACCAUCACCUUGGAAGUCGAACCUUCCGACACCAUCGAAAACGUCAAGGCUAAAAUCCAAGAUAAGGAAGGUAUUCCCCCAGAUCAGCAACGUUUAAUCUUCGCCGGUAAACAAUUAGAAGAUGGUCGCACCCUUUCGGACUACAACAUCCAAAAGGAAUCUACUCUCCACUUGGUUUUGCGUUUGCGUGGUGGUAUGCAGAUUUUUGUGAAAACUUUGACCGGUAAAACCAUCACUUUGGAAGUUGAACCUUCCGAUACCAUUGAGAAUGUGAAGGCCAAAAUCCAGGAUAAGGAAGGUAUUCCUCCAGAUCAACAACGUUUGAUUUUCGCCGGUAAACAGUUGGAAGAUGGACGUACAUUGUCUGACUACAACAUCCAGAAGGAAUCUACCCUUCACUUAGUAUUACGUCUCCGUGGUGGUAUGCAGAUCUUCGUGAAAACCUUGACCGGCAAAACCAUCACUUUGGAGGUUGAACCUUCCGAUACCAUUGAGAAUGUGAAGGCAAAAAUCCAAGAUAAGGAAGGUAUUCCUCCAGACCAACAACGUCUGAUCUUUGCUGGUAAACAAUUGGAAGAUGGCCGCACCCUAUCGGACUACAACAUCCAAAAGGAAUCUACUCUCCACUUGGUUUUGCGUUUACGUGGUGGUAUGCAGAUUUUCGUUAAAACCUUGACCGGCAAAACUAUCACCUUGGAAGUUGAACCUUCCGAUACCAUUGAGAACGUGAAGGCUAAAAUCCAGGAUAAGGAAGGUAUUCCCCCAGAUCAGCAACGUUUGAUCUUCGCCGGCAAACAAUUGGAAGAUGGACGCACCCUUUCUGACUACAACAUCCAGAAGGAAUCCACCCUCCAUUUAGUAUUGCGUUUGCGUGGUGGUAUGCAAAUCUUCGUAAAGACCUUGACCGGUAAAACCAUCACCUUGGAAGUCGAGCCUUCGGACACUAUUGAAAACGUCAAGGCUAAGAUCCAGGAUAAGGAAGGUAUUCCUCCAGAUCAGCAACGUUUGAUCUUCGCAGGCAAACAAUUGGAAGAUGGUCGCACUUUGUCUGACUACAACAUCCAAAAGGAGUCCACCCUCCAUUUAGUAUUGCGUUUGCGUGGUGGUAUGCAGAUCUUCGUAAAAACUUUGACCGGUAAAACCAUCACUUUGGAAGUUGAACCAUCCGAUACCAUUGAGAACGUGAAGGCUAAAAUCCAGGAUAAGGAAGGUAUUCCCCCAGAUCAGCAACGUUUGAUCUUCGCAGGCAAACAAUUGGAAGAUGGUCGCACUUUGUCUGACUACAACAUCCAAAAGGAGUCCACCCUCCAUUUGGUGCUACGUCUUCGUGGAGGCGCAUACUAAAUUUAUUUAUUUUUUUAAAUUUAACAAUAUGAAUUUCAAAAUUUUUAUAGUAUUCCAAAUGUAUCUCGUUAAUUUAAAAUCUAUUUUGUAUUCAAUUUCUUAUUUUUUAAACUAGUUAGUUUUUUUAUUGAAUUGAAUAUUCCCGUUAUGUUGAAAAAAAUAAAAUAUAAACAAGAUAUGCAAUAAUUAAAAA